AUGCGUGCGAUUCAAGUGAGCGAAUAUGUCAAGGGACCCCUUGACCUUAGGGUCACAACGCUACCAACACCGACACCCGCGCCGGAUCAAUAUCUGAUCCAAGUUCACUCCGCUGGCACCAACUUUUUCGACCUCCUCCAAAUCCAAGGCAAAUAUCAACAUCAGCCACCCCUGCCAUGGAUUUCUGGCAUGGAAUUUGCGGGAAUAAUCCUCAGCACUCCGAGCGGCAUUAAAUCUCCGAAAUACAAAAUUGGUGAUCGUGUGUUCGGAGCUAGCCAAGGCGCCUACGCUACACAUGUCCUGGCCAAGGAGCAGUCGUUGUACCCUGUGCCUGAAGGAUGGAGCUUUGAAGACGCCGCCGGAUUGUUUGUUACGGUGCCUACAUCUUACGGUGGUCUUGUCCAUCGGGCCAAUGUUCAGAAGGGCGAUUGGGUACUUGUUCACGCUGCCGCCGGCGGUGUUGGGCUCGCCGCUGUGCAGAUUGCGAAGGCAAAAGGCGCGACGGUUAUCGCCACGGCAAGCACUGACAGGAAACGAGAGGUUGCCAAGUCGUUUGGGGCCGAUUACACGGUCGAUUAUCGGGAUCCCAAGUGGCCCGAUGCAGUGAAGAAGUUAUGCGCACAGCACCGAACGGGUAACGGUAAGGCUGGCGUUGACAUCGUCUAUGAUCCUGUUGGUAUGAUCGACCAGAGCCUAAAGUGUGUGGCUUGGAAUGCGCGGUUACUCGUGAUUGGGUUCGCAGCGGGAAAUAUUGAGAAAGUUGCAAUGAAUCGUGUGCUCCUGAAAAACGUGAGCCUCGUUGGGCUGCACUGGGGCCAAUACGCAAAUUUCGAGAAAGAGACCGUAGGCGUCGUUUGGGAACGGAUAUUUGAGUUGAUUAGACAAGGGAAGUUCAAGGGAAUCAGUUUCAAGGAUGAAACCUUUGUCGGCUUGGAAUCCGUGCCGAAGGCGUUACAGGCACUUGGCGGGAGGGAAACAUGGGGCAAAGUGGUGGUCCAAAUCUAUGAUAACGAUAAUUCCGAGGCCAAAUCAAAAUUGUAA